CGUUGCCUUGACGACACUUGACGACGCUCCCACGUAUGUACGUGCGCGCCGGAGUUAAUACACAGUUCGAGCUCCUAUCGUAUACCGCUCGACGAUCAGCCGCGACGAGAGAGGGGGAGAGAGCCCUUGGUGGUCGCGUGUCGUUUCUGCGCGUGCCUAAGCUCCCGCGACGGGAGGCGGGUUUGGCGGUAGCGUGCCGAAUGGUGAACAAUACUUGCAUUAGGUUCCGCAACCGCACGCAACACAAUACGCCCUCCUACACGUUAUAGCGCACUCGUGGUCGAGCGGUGCUGCCCAAGACCCGGCGACUAUUGUACGAAUAUUGUUACGUCGACCGAUUGUCCGAGAAUCGCGUAAUCCGUAAGCUACGGUUGAUCUCGUUUGGUCGGACCGGUCGAGUAGCAGGGCAUCGUCCGUAUAGUUCCGUAUUACUUGGCGGAAAAAGGAGUUUCAACGGAAUGUCACGCCGUUGUUGUAGCGCGCAACUGUUGUCCACGAUUUCGCGAAACGACUAACGUAUGUGCACACGCUGUGAACGCCGAAGUGGAAGUCGCGGGCGCGGUGUUAGAAGCCGCGACUGUGCAUAGGACGGGGAUGAAAUAAGGGUAUGAUACGCGCGUGAUCUGCGCUGUCCCAUCCGAAAACUCUCGUGUGGCCAAAUACCGGUAAACCGAGGGUGCAGCGCCUUGGCCACGCGUUCUCUCGCCCUAUAGAAGUGUCAACAAGUUCGAGAAGUGAAUGGGUGUGUGGCCGGUGGAUUGAUCCGCUCGGUCCGCUCGAGAUGCCGUCGAUCAGACUUUAAUUAAGUCCAGCCGGGUAUACGUACCUGUUACCUUGUACGCACUUCCUAGCCCAGCUGCUGCACACCCCUGCAGCGGACAUACGAAACCAAUACAGGUAUCAUAGAUACCGCCGGUGGCGUACCUGCGGCCGAUUGACUACACGUCGCCGCUUGACCGUGCAAGCGAAUAAAAAUUUCCUCUGGUCUUGUCGAUCCGCACCGUUGAUACACAGUAUAACGCGUGUCGACGCGCACGCUGAUUCAUGCGUGCGGGACGUGACGCGAGUAACGAGCCGUGCGGACAGGACCGAUUGCCCGCCAACCCGUGACUCGACGGCGCGAUAUCACUCGGUUUAUUAGGGGACGCCGACGAUGGUUGUCGAGUGUUGGGACGGUACAAGUGUAAUAAACGUGCACGUUCGCGGAGACUGAAAACGUGUCGCGGUGGUAAAACCUAAUGAACCCGACGUAAGAACGUACGGGUAUAUUAGUUGGAAACGAUCUUUGUUGCCCGGUGUGAAUUCGUCGCGAUCGCUUAGUUUUCAGCGCAACCGAUAUCCAAACAAACGUACACGCUGUAUCCGGGUCAAGGGUUUCCAUCCCCGCGGGCAGAAUAUACGCGCAUAUUUCCUCUGGAAUCCGCCGGGUGAUUCGUCGCGGUGGGCCCAUAGCCUCGCGGUAUACCUAUGAUAUUGUAAUCGCUGAGCGUAGCGCGGCCGCAUGCGGGACGACUAGGUAGGCGAGAGCGAACCGACACUCGGAGGGCACCGUUUCCGUGGGUAAUCGUGAAAAUCUGGCAUCAACUACCGCGGGGAGGUGACAAGAAUAACAGACCUAUAGGAUAUCGGCGAUUAGACGCUCGGUCCGCUUGAAAAUAUACCGCUGUUUGGUGAGGAUUGGAUGGUUCGACGGGGGGCCUGGGAUCAUCCAGAGCCGGAACAGCAGCGGUUCUACGACUCGCCACCGCCCCCCCGGAUGGACGCGAGCGUCGUCUGCUGUAUUACGCCUGCCGCCGUCGCCGUAGCAGCCCCCUCCGCCCAAGGGCCGGGGUCCCAGCAUAUAACGCAUCCAGCCGUGGGCAUACAUCCCUCCGGAGGUCUGCAGACGGCGAUAAUAGAAGGACCGUCGCUUUACCAGCACGCUGACCAGAUCGUGCCCGACCGGGGACAUCCCGACGACGGUCUGGCGAUGGUGCAGGCCGGGGCGACGGAUGGAUCGUGGUCCCAGAUCACGACCCCUGCACCGGUCGCCAGCCUCACCGCCACAGCCACCACCUACAUCGAUUACUCCUGGCUACAGAUGCAGCAGACAUCGGAUUUGGACACGCUGCUCUGCAGACAGGAGUUGGAGCGAUUGCCAAGACUCGACGAUGCGGACGACACCGAGUGCAGAGAUCCGAGGGACCACUCGGGGCAGAUGGAUGACUUCUUCGAAGUUGGCGUUGGCGGGAGCUGUAGACCCCAGGCAAGUUUCGUAUCGUCGCGAAACCAGCCGUCUAGUAAUGACGACGAUGUAUUCCUGAGGCCUCCAUUAUGGGAGGAUAUAACCUCGAGUAUACAGAAGCUGGACCCCGAAAACGCUGACAUGCUGGCGUCGCAGUCCCACGUAAAGAUUGAGUCAGAGGAUGCAGCUUUGCCUGCAUUGUCCUCGGUUGAAAUUAAGACCGAACCAUUGGCACCACCUCCGCCAACGUUGCAUCUGCUCGAAGGGCCCGUCUCGAAUUCUUUGCAGAGCUUCACCACAAGGCCGACGAAUUCCACCACGCCAAGCGGUAUUGCCGGUGGAGGAGUGGCCCAGACGCUAUCGCACAACCGGUCAACGGCAUACAAAACAUACCACUCGACUAACAAUAAUACCACAUCAAACAAUAACAACAAUAUUAGUAGCGGCACUAACACGAUGAACAGUGCUAUCAACAACAAUAACAACGACAGCACCAGCAGUAGCAGUAACAGCAGCGGCAACAACAACAACAACAGCAAUAGCAACAACAACAACAACAACAACAACAACCACAACAACAACAACAACAACACCAACAACAACGCGAACAACAAUAACAACGCCACCGUGAAUAAUAACAACCACCACAAUAACAGCAGUGGUAACAAUAACAUCAACAAUAACAAUAACAGCAACGGUACAAGUGAUAACACCAACGGACAUAGCAAUGGCGCUGACAAUAACGGCUCUCCGACGGGUUUUCACCGUAAUCAUCACCAUCAUCAUCAUCACAGUCAUCAUCAGCAUCACCAUCACGGGAAUCGCGGAAGCCACGGCAAUCCAGCGACCGGAAACUCGGUUAGUUCAACUUUGUACGGGCCAAUGACUAGACUGAUGUACGUGUCGCCUUUGACGCCACCAAUUUCGGAUCCUGGCUCACCCCUCGGAGGACCUCCACGAAGGACACCGCCUCCCCCGUACCCCCAGCCAGCAAUACUCAAUCCAAGGAUCCAGCCGCAGCACAUUACGAAAUUUAAUCGGCGGAAUAAUCCUGAACUUGAGAAGCGGCGAGUUCAUCAUUGUGAUUUCAUGGGGUGUACAAAGGUCUACACUAAAAGUUCCCACCUUAAAGCGCAUCAGAGAAUACAUACUGGUGAAAAGCCGUAUCAAUGCCAGUGGCCAGAAUGCGAGUGGAGAUUCGCCCGUAGCGACGAAUUGACGCGUCACUACCGAAAGCACACCGGAGCCAAGCCAUUCAAAUGUGCCGUUUGCGAACGUUCGUUUGCGCGCAGCGAUCACCUUGCUCUUCACAUGAAACGCCAUCUCCCAAAACAGCAUGCCAAGUGAUAACCGUGGUACAAGAAACGGAACGGUAUCAUUCAUAUGUCGCAUUACAGAAGUAUAAGGAACUUGGAAUAAAGUGCCUCCCGUUGCAUCGGACAGCAGCGAUUAGGCUGUACAACCACGGACGUGGGUUUGGGCUGCAGCGCAGCCGUCGAGUAGCAAAUUCUUCGUACCGAAGAACCUUAUCCAGUACUACAUAGUACAUCGUACACACCUGUAAUAUUAUACGCAUUGUGCCUUAUACAACGGCCACUAUCGCCGGCCCAUGUGGUUGGGGUAUCACUCCUCGUAUGGAGACCGUUGGGUGCCAGUAUAAUUACACAAGCUUCGAAACUCAUUAUGUGUACAUGUACGUAACACGUAUACACUCCGAUUUUCGGUUUCAAUCUGCGAGUGACUCCACUUUCACGCGUUUUCUUGUUGUUAGUGACACCAACUACACACAUAUAUAUACAUGCAUUACAGUAGUCGCUUUAAUGUUAGGGUGCCACAGUUAGAAACUGAAUCGCCGGCACAAUAAUAUCACGUUUGACGCCGCGCGCAGAAUUCCCUUCGGAGGGCUUGGGAAUUUGAUGAUCGAUCAAAACCAAGUGGAGAGAUUCGUAUAUCUUAUAAUGAUGUACCUAUUGGAUAUGAUAUUUUAUCGGGUGAUACCUAUUUCGAUAAUCAAAAAUGGAUAGAUCAAGAAACAGAUUGUAAAUUAGGUGUAUAAUGUUAUUAGAUCACUUCCCAAUUAUUAUCGAUAAGUCAUUUUUCAUCUCGUGAUAAUCUGAUAAAGGAUUCCUUAUUUUUAAGAUUCAUAUAUUUUUUUUUUUUCCUUAUAGAAGAGCAUUUAGCUGUUUUUGAUCAAUGAAAAUCCACAUGAGAGUAGUUGUUACACCGGUCCUGUUUAUUAUAUGAUGUACUACGCUAGUCAAGUUACCAAAGUUUACCAAGCCCCGUCGACCGUAAUUCUGUCAAAAUUUCCAAGCCCGCGGACAAGACAGGCCGAAAAUCAAAAUAACUGUCUUUACGACGAAUUCUUGCUGGUCAAAGUGACAAGUGUACAUGGGUUUAUAUUAUACACACCUACACAAAAAUGUGCGAAAUAUGUAAAUAUAUAGGUAUACAUAUACUCGCGAAUUCUUUAAACAACAACGACCUACCGAUACUAUACCACCAAUAUCUCGGAUAUCUCAGUGAUCCCGUGAUUUUUUUCAUCAAUUUCUGAAGCAGAAAAAUUAACUUUCACGUUAAACGUAACAACUGUAUUAUUGUAUUCACAUGAAGAAUGAAGGUAUAAUGUGCAGAUUAUCCCGAGGUGACCAAGUUUGUCGCGCCCUGAUGUACAAGUCAAUCAGGAGUUCAAGCAGAGUGCCGUACGUUAUGUUGUUAUAAGAAAUAAAUUCAAGAGUAUGUGUUCGCAUUCGUAGCUGAUGGUACGAAUUUUUUAACGGUUAGAAUGAUCACUUUCAGUCAAAGCUGAAAAAUCGUAGGUACACUGAGAAAAAAAAGUUAUCGAACCGAACAACGAAUUUUUCUCACUUCCAGUUUAUUUGGUUCCAACAAUUUCUCACUCAGAAUAACCACUUUUUAGUUGAACGAAAAAUAUCGAUGCAUUGAUUUAAAUGCUAUAUGCUUUCGAGUUUAGUGUAUUUCAAACAAGUACAUAUUUAUUUCAUAGUAUUAAACUGGAAAUUUCGUAACGAAUACUUCGCUUCAAUCAACAAUACCUCAUUUAAUUCGUGGAAAAAUAGUACUUUAACCGGUGAACACAUCGGUUCAGAAGUACCGAGAGAUUGGAAAUAACAAUCCCACGCUUGCUGAAAUAUGAACGUUAUUGCCAGAUAGUAAACAUAUUUGGCUCAAUGUGAUGUAUGUCCGAUAUAAUCAAUGAUAACUAUGAUCAAAGAAAUGUGUAAUAUGUUGAAACAAGAAUUUGUUUCACAAGACAGGUUUUGAUAUUCAUUUAAGAAAAUUAUUUUGUUCAUCAGAUUAUACCUAUAGCUACUUCAAACAAAAAAAAAAUUCCAUCCAAGUAAAUGAGGAUAUGUUUGAGUGGAACCAAGUAAGAGUUGUUGAGUUGUUAUGUGUACCACAUUUAAUUCAAGUUAUUAAAUAAUACAAUGAAAUAUAAGUUUUCUGAGUUUUAAACAAUCAUGUGUAGUUGAAAAUUGCAAAUAUACACUUGAAAUUGAUUUCAAGAACUCUCGACACAAUCGCAUACGCGCUUGGUAUAAAUGAAUCAUUGUUUGUAAGAACUGGACAUAAUUUCACUGAAACAAAAUUUUUGUUGAUUCGGUAAUCUUCUGAUUUUUUGACGUGCAUGUUUCACUAUUUUCAACCGAAAUGAUAUUUCAUUCGUAGUAGUAAAAAUUCCGGUCACUAGACGGCAAGCUUUCCUGCUUGAAAAGUAGUAUCAAAGAUGUUUAUAUACUCGAAUCCUUCACAUUACUCUUAAUCAGCCAACUAUAUGCGAUGCGAUAUAUUGGGUUAUGGUUUUGAUCCAUCUACGUUUUCUAAAAACUAUUUUGAAGUUACGCUACUACACUUGUUUGGUGGCAGUCAAUAACAAUAGCAUAUCGUAGUGAAAGAAAUUGAAAAAAAUAUGUAACCAAGCGAUACUUACACUAUAUUUAUGGUAUAUCUAAAUUUAUAUAUCCAUAAUAAUCAAAUACUAAAGAAAUCGUUGAAUUAUUUAAAUACAUUUUCAAUCCAAAUACGAGGUUAGUCGUUGUGAUUGGUCCUUGUAAACAUUAUUUGAGUGGAGGUACAGUUUGUUUGGCAUCAAGUAUGCAGCGUUUAAAUAAAAAUAUCAAACCAGAAGAGCAACUCAGUGAGUUUUGCCGCUCAGUUUUUAUUUAAUUCAGUUAAAUUAUGUUUCAUUGGUCCUAAAUAUGAUUUUUUUAAAUUGAAAACUACAUAAUUUGUCGCUGGGAAUAAAUGUGCUCUCAGGACUAUACAAACGCAUGGAUUAUUUGCAUCAAUUAAUAUUUAUUAAAUCUAAUAACUUUUUUUUCUCAGUGUAGGAAAAGUUAAGUUGAGGACAAGCGAGUACGCAGUACUCGUAACUAGCCCUAUACCGUCCUAAAGUACUCGGUGAAAUUAUUCACUUGAUCGUGGAGCUCUCGUGGACAAUUGAUUCGAACGAAUUCAUAAAUCUUCAAGAGUUAACAAUCAAAAAGUAUUAACCACUUGUGUCGAAAAAUGUUAAUUCAACGUAAGUUCAAUUGAUGCAUUAGAGAUACACGAGAAAAAAACGUAACUUACCCUUACAAGUCCAACAUAUCAUGUUGCCUUAUCCAAAUAUUUCUGUGUCCGGGGCAGACAAAAAUUUAUCUGUGCUCUUUGCAUUUUUUAUCAGCUCCUACUCAAAUGAAUAGUUUAUCCGGCUGCGUAUUACUGAAAAAUUCAGGUGAGACCGAUGGGAAGUAGCUUUCCACAACCAGAAAUAUGUAUGUAUCAUAGCACGUAUAACUUAACAAUGUAACGUAUGUAUUAUAUAUCGAUACGUAUAUAUAUAUAUAUAUA